AUGACCGAGCCAUCACCCCGAGGGGUUCGUUUUUCAGACACCGAAGAUGAUGGACGUCCGGAUAAGACUAGGAGCCAUCAUCCCAUCGAACACAACGGCGAUCCUCAUGCGACAGAACGACAAGACGAGCUGGGCAACCUAUCCCUAUACGAGACAUCGGGCCACACAGGAUCUUUAACCUCACUACUUCCUGGAACAGUCAUCAACGGUGCCCCAAAGCCACAGACGCCCAACGGCUCCCGGCCACAGCGACCACUAGGACCUACCCGGACACCAUCGAACACGUACAAUCCUGCCACGUCAAGAAAGCCAACUCACCCACCGGCCACACCUUCUUUCACAGAGUCUAUCCGAUCGUCGUCUAAAACACGCCCACGGCAGAAUGAAAGCAGGUUUCGUGCACAGGAGCGAGCGUACGUGCAGAAACUCCGACAAGAUUACAGCGGAGGGUAUUUCACAUCAUACUCUAAUUUGAACGGAAAUGAUUCAGACUCAGAAGGGGAGACACCCUCAUCGGAGGGCCCAUACGACGACCGUUUCGACCAGGAGACUAUCAUGUUCUACGGCAACGACAAUCUCCAACCCACAGACGAGGACUUGAAAGAUCCAGAAAACCGCGAAAGGCUCGAGUGGCAUGGCAUGCUCGAGGCUGUUCUUACCGGAGAUGUAGUACGACAAGAAAAGAAACGGUUGAUUGGAUCCGCGGACCAGCAGGCUGGGAAAAGCGCCCACAAGACCGAACUGUGGCUGGGUAUCCGCUCUAAAGUCUGCGGAAGACAUAUUCCUGUCCAACGACGUAUGCUGGAGGAAUCUCGAUCUACACUUGAUCGCACUCUCGACGAAAUCAUCAAUUUCCAAAUAAAGGGUGAGAGUGAGGCUGGAAAACCCCCUUAUGAACAAGUCAAAGACAUGGUCGGCAAGAUCCAGAUGUGUGAGAAUCUGUAUCCAUCCUGGGCCUCACUUGCAGCGGAGCACAAGGCAGCAGAUUCUGCUGCAUUCAAGGAGGCGCAUGAUUCCAUUAUCUCAUGGUACAAUACCAACGAAAUGAUCAACACUGAAUUAAACAUCUUGAAGAAAUGGGUCGGAAACGAGGAACUCGACUUUACACGCACGAAGCAGCGAUCGCCCGCUGUGAACGGCAUUAGUAACGACGAAACAUCCUUCCUUGACCGAUUAAUGAAAGAAGACGGACUACAAUCACUCUACAACGAUGACGACGGACAUCUAGAGAAGGGAAUGCUUGCGCCUAUAUCCACCGUUAUUAGCAAGGCGAAGGAUACUCUUAUCAGGAACUCCGAGCCCUUCCGCAAACGUCACUUACCACCAUACCUCGAGGAGCUACUCACAUUGAUCAGCUUUCCCUCGCGCCUAAUCGAGGAGAUCACCCGCACGCGUCUCGCUUAUGCUAGGAGAGUUAAGGAAUCUGCCCAGCAAAACCCUUUGAUGCAAGAUCAGAUGAUCUCUCAGUUUCAGCUACUGCUCAAGUUUGCUAUACGUAUCAAGAUUGAGUGUACUUCCAUUGCAAAUCCCGAACCAGGUUGGGACCUGCCACCUUGUAUCGACGAAUCUUUCGAUCAAGUUGUAUUGGAGGCUUUGAAGUAUUACUUCAAGAUGCUAAACUGGAAGCUAAGCGGAAACAAAAACACUUUCAAAGAGGCCGAACUUUUGUUCCAAGAAUGGGACUUUGCCAACGAGAUUGGCAGCCACCUGCAGCGUGGCCACAUCGAGGUUGCGGAGCAGUUCAGCUCACUGACGUUUAAGGCGUUGCACAGACUUAGCCAGACUUUUGAGAAGGAACUGCAAGCGAAGCCAAAAGAAACAGCGUCUGAGAUGAGCAAACGUUACAAGGCCUGCCUUGAUUCCGUACGAGUCCGUCAGCGAAUGCUUCAGCGAUUCACUCGAAUGCUGAACGAUAAUUAUGAGCACGCCUCCGACUACAGCAUUUCGUUCCCACCCGAAACCAUGCAAAAGUUUUAUGAUCAGCUAGUUGCUUCAGGCCAUUUCCAAGUUGACACUCGUCUUCUCGAACAGGACAAUACCUAUGUGAUUGCGUCUCCCGAGUUGCGUGAGCGACUUGAAGAUAUUCAGGCUAUGAUGGCCAUCACAUCCAAAGACCAAUUUCCUGAUGAGCUCGGAGAACAGUAUCUUCUUAUUCUUCGGCCGGAGGAUCCAAUUAACUGGUUUGGCGAGGUGAUCGAAGUUCCGCUUCGUGAUUUGAAUAUUGACAUGAAGCGAGGACACAUUCGACUUUGCGCUUCCAGCCCACAGACUCUACAUAACGCACGAAGGGCAUUCCUUGACAAUGUCGAUAUGCAUGUUGAUCUCGUCCAGGAAUCGAGAUCUAACAUUCAGAAGGUCAAUUCAAGGUUGACAGAGAUUAGGCGAGUGGCUUACAAGCUUUCCAAUACUUUCAUGGACAGUGUGGAAAUUAUCAGGAAACAAGCCAAAGGUAAAGAUUGCCAGGAACUUAUCCAGACAUGCUUCGUGUUUGCUACAGAAUUCGGACAACGUUCAUUGCUCUACAUGGAUAGCAACAGACGACAGAUGAACAACCUCAAGUUGACAAAGCUUGCCCUCGAUUGGGUUAGCUUCAUCUGCGACGACUGUAUCGCAUCAGAUCGAAAGACGUUCCGUUGGGCUGUGCUCGCGCUUGAGUUGGCCAUGGGGAUGACGAGAGGACGACACAUUCUGGCCCUUGGCGAAGAUGAGUAUGCCAAGCUUCGUUCGAAGGUUGCUGGGUGUAUGUCUCUUCUCAUUUCCCACUUCGAUAUUAUGGGCGCCAGGUCAAACUUGGCCGCCCAGGCCGAGAAAGAGCGAAUCGAGGCACUUGUCGGGCAAUUCCGAAAACUCGACAAGAACAGAAUGCUCAACGACGAAGAAGCCUCUCGUUGCAUUACAGAGCAGCGAAUGGAGGAGCUCGAAAGAGUGGACGAGUACCGACGCGAGAAGGUUGCAGAGAGACAGGGAGUCGGAAGAGUACUGGAGGGUAAUAACGAGGUCGACCGGUCGUUGGCAUACCUUUCGUCUUCAGCAACCAACGUCACAAUGCGUUGGCAACAAGGCCAAUUCGUAGGAGGCGGCACUUUUGGCAAUGUCUAUGCAGCUAUGAACCUCGACACUGGCCAUCUGAUGGCUGUCAAGGAAAUCCGACUUCAGGACCCCAAGCUAAUACCCCAGAUCGCCGAACAAAUCAGAGAGGAGAUGGGAGUGCUGGAAGUGCUGGAUCAUCCCAACGUGGUCUCGUAUUACGGCAUCGAAGUUCAUCGAGAUCGAGUAUACAUUUUCAUGGAGUUCUGUUCAGGAGGAUCUUUGGCUAGUCUCUUGGAGCACGGCCGAAUCGAGGACGAACAAGUUAUCAUGGUAUAUGCACUGCAACUCCUCGAGGGUCUCGUCUAUCUGCACGAAAGUGGCAUUGCCCACCGAGACAUCAAGCCCGAAAAUAUUUUACUCGACCAUAAUGGAAUCAUCAAGUAUGUGGACUUUGGCGCUGCCAAGGUUAUUGCCCGACAAGGACGCACACUUGCUGGAGAUAUACAGGCGACCAUGCCAAACCGAUCCAUGACAGGAACACCGAUGUAUAUGUCACCCGAGGUGAUUAAGGGGGAGAACCCUGGUAAGCCCGGGUCUGUCGACAUCUGGUCCCUGGGCUGUGUCAUUCUAGAAAUGGCUACUGGCAGAAGACCUUGGGCACAACUGGACAACGAGUGGGCGAUCAUGUACAACAUUGCCCAAGGAAACCCACCUCAGCUACCGCCCAGCGACCAGCUCAGCCCUCAGGGACUCGACUUCUUGAAGAGGUGUUUCACAAGAGACCCCCGAAACCGAUCGUCAGCUGUUGAGCUACUGCAGCACGAAUGGAUCACAUCGAUUCGAAGCCAAGUCGUAGAGCCUGCGACACCGAGCGACACAAGUAGCUCGGCACAAUCAACACCAACUGUUGGCUCAACAUCGAGCAGACUUGGAGGAUCCGAUGGGUUCUACUAG